CACGUACACAAUAACAAGUACUAACUACUAUAUGUUUUGUAUCUCGCGUUAUCGUUCUCUUUAUCCUUCUCUCUCUCAUUCACUCACUAGUCACUUCACUCACACACAUUGCUCUGCCACCACUCUCUCUUCUCCGCUCUCACUCUGAAUACCGUGGAGAAAAAUGGGCGACAAAGGAGGGAAAUCAUGUCCGAUAUGUACCGAGGAGAUGGACCUGACUGAUCAGCAUCUGAAGCCGUGCAAAUGUGGCUAUGAGAUCUGUGUAUGGUGUUGGCAUCAUAUAAUGGAAAUGGCACAUAAGGAUGAAACUGAAGGCCGCUGUCCUGCCUGCCGUUCACCUUACGACAAAGAACGCAUUGUGGCAAUGGCAGCUAACUGUCGAAGAUUGGUUGCUGAAAUGAAUUCUAAAAAGAAAAUACCGAAGUUAAAGCCUAAAUCAUCAGAUGGAAGGAAACAUCUUACUGAUGUUAGAGUCAUUCAGCGCAACCUCGUGUACAUAAUUGGACUGCCUCUUCACCUUGCAGAUGAAGAUCUACUUCAACGUAGGGAGUACUUUGGAAGGUAUGGAAAGGUGUUGAAAGUGUCUAUAUCUCGUACAGCAACGGGCGUUAUUCAACAUUCUGCAAACAACAUCUGCUGUGUGUAUAUAACUUACUCAAAAGAAUCUGAAGCAGUUCGAUGUAUUCAAUCAGUUCAUUUUUUUGUAUUAGAAGGUAGAUCAUUGAGGGCUUGUUUUGGAACCACAAAGUAUUGUCAUGCAUGGCUCAGAAAUGUGCCUUGCAGCAAUAGAGAUUGUUUGUAUCUACAUGAUCAUGGUGCUCACGAAGAUAGCUUUACCAAAGAUGAAUUAGUAUUAGCAUUUGCAAGGAGUAGGGUCUUACAAAUCAUUGGUGCUACAAAUAAUUUGAAUCGUCCUUCAGGGAGUGUUUUACCUCCACCACCAGAUGAUCCUAAACAUGUGUCAUCAGCCACCAAAGUAGUUUCCAAAAGUUCUUUAGAUAACCAGAUUAAAGAAUCCUGUUCAAGCAAUGGAGCUGCCAAUUCAACAGCACUUCCUGCAGCCAACUCUUGGGCAAGGUGUGUAUCUGGCAGUCUUCCAAAGGAUACUAGUUCAUCUUCAUUACGUGCUGGUAAUCUGGUCAAUAGAAAGAUUGAAGCAUCUAUUGAUUCCCAAGCCCUGCCAGGGGUUGCUUGCACCGAAAGGUCUAUUCGUGAUACAAAAAAAUCAGGGGAAGUUAAAGACAGCUCUGACGUGCAUUCCACCAAUAGUGUAUCUGUACCUUCAGAGUUGAACAAACAUCACAUUGGUGGAAAUUCUCAAACAUCAGCUUCCGUGGGCCUUGGUCAAGAAAAGGCUGCACCUUCUGUGAGUACAAGCUUCCUGGAGAUCACCGGACCACAUGAUUUGAAUACUAACAAGGCAGUUUCAAAUCGGGAUGUGCCUGGCUCAUGUUCGGAGUUAUCAUCUGUUAGCAUCAACAGUCAUGUUGAAGAUUCAUAUUUCACCCGUGAUUCGGACAGAAUACUUUUUACUCCUAACUCGACCGAUCCCUCUUCAGGGAAGCAUUUGCAUCAAGAUAAUGAGUAUUGUAAAGAUCAUUCAACCACACCAGCUUUUUGGGAAGAUAUAAUUGUGGAUGAUAUGCUAAACAAAGACUGUGAUCAACAGCAACACUGCAAAGGCAGCGAUAAUUUAGCAUCCAGGCAUUAUUCACCUCAUUGUCCUCAGAAUCUAAGCCAAUCAAGCCAUCAUCUGAAGCAGGAAAAUCAAAUUUGUAACCAGAAUCAUUUGGGGAAGCCUUCUGAAUAUUUUACUGAACCCUUGGGGGCAGGAUUGGAGAAGACCGUGAAGAGUGAGGGUACUGGUUCCGAUGUUGAUAACAAGGUUUCUUCAGACGUCGGAGAAAACAACAUCAUAUCUAACAUUUUGUCUUUGGAACUAGAUGCAUGGGAAGAUUCAAUAGUUAAGUUGUUGGAUGAAAGUGAUGAGCCAUACACAUCCUUCAAAGCACCUGCUUCGCGCAAAAUCCAAGACAAUAAUCAGUCCAGGUUUUCCUUUGCCAGACAAAAUGAUUCCUUGAAUAAAACCUCUGAUUUGCAGCAAUCAUUUGGGGUUGCUGGACAUGAUCCUAAAGGGAAUUAUGCAUCUGGUGGUUGUAAUGGAAACAAAGACAUGUUCGCUGUAAAACACCCAUACACUUUCCCAUCAAGCAAUUAUGUGCUAUCAGAUAAAUUUGAUGGAAGUCUGUCUCUGGCGCCCUCUAAAUUUUCCAUGGCAAAAGCUCAUGCUUCAAGUCCACCUGGGUUUGCAAUGUCGGACAGAAUACCUCCUGGGUUUUCACGCGGGAGAGUAGAACAGAGUUGUAAUAGUUCUGUUGAACAUUUGCAGCCACAGUAUGCUCCUCCAUCUGUAAAUAUCAGCAGGAUAGGAAAUGUUGAGUUCAAGAAUCCUAUGGUAUUGGACCCUAGUAGGGGAAUAGUGGAAGAAAGGCUGAAUAGUACACCUUUUAACCUGGGGCAAACUUUACUUCCUCAAUUCAAUCGCAAUGAAGAUGAUGCUAGACUUAAGCUGUUAAUACAACAACAAUCUACAGCUUCGCAGAAUUUAAGACUUUCAGAUCAUAUUGGAAAUAGGUUUUCACCUCAAAGUGAUGCUUAUAGAACUAAUUCGAGGUUUCUUGAUCAAUUUCAGUCUAACACACCAUUUUCUGAACAACUGCAUUCUCAACAGUUCAGUAGUAAUAUUCUUGGUUCAAAUAACCAGUGGGGAAGUUGGAAUGAUUCCAAUUAUUUCAGUGGCCUGUCUAUGUCUGAAGUAUUGAAUAAUGAAAUAGGGGGAUUCAACAAUUUCAUGCCUAGUUAUGAGAAUAUCAAGUUUAAGCACCUGAAUUGACUGAACAACUAAUAUUCAUGGUGGAGAUUGCGUCUCAACUAUAAUUCAAUUUCCCUUCAAUGCACUAAUAGGCUCUCAGAUGGCAGUGUGUGGAUCAAACCUGUCUCAAAAUGUUAAAAGAUCCCUUUAUGUGGCUGAAAUUGUGUUUUACUAUGGCAGUCUGGCUGUACCUUGAGACUUGUUUCAAAUCUGUUUGGAAUUUGAGUACCCUGAAAUUCUAUCACAAUUAUGCCAUCAAAUGGUCAACGGCAAUCCUCACCCACUCUUGUUUGCUUAGCUUCACUGCCAAGCACUGGAAUCUGGGUCCUAUGCGUUACGGUUGUCAGACAUAACCGGCAAACGGUGUCAACUUUUUCUAUGGGGUAAAUGUCAGGAGAGCCGACCUUGGCGGUUAUUAUGUUAAACUGGGUUACAAGAAAUCUGUCAUCAAACGAAAGAAACUACAAUCGAAGUUAUAGGCCUUACUGGUGGGAAAUUCAUGCUAUGAAUGGUGAAAUAGGUGAUCUAGAUUUGACGUUUUCUUCAUGCCUGAAAUUUUUUGUUCAGAAUUUGUUUCCAAACUCGGUAUUCGGUUAUUCACUGAUUAGUAUAUGCAACAAAUAUGACUUUAAUACUGUGGUAUGUACAAAGUUAGUUUUGGUUUUACAGAAGUACCAACUUUUUACCAAAUAGAGUUUAAUAUAUA